CACGCAGGAAAUGGCGGCGCCGCGGCUCCCUCCUCCCCCGGUCGGGCGGGAGGCGGGCGGAGGCGAGGUGCGGCCCAGGUGCCCGCCGCUAUAUCAGCCGGGGCGGCGCGGCGGCGCGGCUGCCCCAUGGCGGAGCCCACUAUGGCCGAGCCGCGCUCCAAGCGGCCCCGCUUCACGCUGCCCGCCUGCUCGGUGCACCGCCCGGUGCCCGGCAGCCGCGUGAGGCAGAACUUCCCGGCUGCCGUGGAGGAGGGCCUGUGCGGUGUGACCGGCGCCCUGCUGGAGCUCGCCUACAGCCUGCAGGCGCUGGGUGAAUAUUUUGAUCAGUCACACGUGGCUCUACCAAAUGUUUCGAAGUUCUUCCUGCAUCAAGCUCUGGAAGAGAUAAAAGCCGCAGAAGCUUUGAUGAAGUAUCAGCAAGAAAGAGGAGGCCAUUACUGUUCUAAAACCAUCCAGAAACCAAAUUAUGACUAUGCUGUUGGUUUGGUGAAAGCUCUGGAACUAGCUAUGAUGCAGUGGAAAACUCUGACGCGAUACUUUGAAGAGCUUUAUGCCAUAAGCAUUGAAAAUGAAGACCCUCAUAGUGCAAGCACUAUCAAGAAACAAUUUAUUGGGCCCAAAAUCCAGAAGAUCAAGAUGAUGGGAGAUCUCCUGACCAAUGCUCGCAGGCUUGAUUGUUCCCAAGAUGGCAGAAAUAGUCUUGGGGAUUUCUUUAUGGACCGGUUGCAGAAAGAGUUCAGAACAGGCAUAGAGCCAGAGUCUAGUCAGCAGUGCAGCCCCUGUCCGCCUCUCCAGCAGUGUGCAGGAGCUUCAGAGGGUCUGAAGCGACCACAGAAAGAAUUUUCCCAGCACAGGAACAGCAUAGGGCCAAUAUAUGCAACCAUACACUGCACUGCCACACUGCCACAGUGUAAUAGCGAUGGGAUGGGAGCAAAAAUGAAACGGGAGGGAGGUACUUUAAUGCUGUAGCUCUUAUCGUUGUGGUCCAGCUCUGAAGGCAGACCUGCACAGAGAAGAGUGGCCUGGAGACUAGAACUCGGGGGACUCGAUGCUUUUUCACUUCCCCCUCUUUACACCCUGUCCCUUGUUCUCAUUUGAGCCACAGCUCAAAAUCCUGCCCAUUCCAUUGUCUUGUUUAAAUGACAGCAAGGUUGCUAGUUACCGAAAUUGAUAAGCAUUCAUUGCAUUUUUACCUAUGCAAUUCUUCCUAGAAACCAAAAGCUUCUAGACCUCUUCUGUCUUAAUAGGGUUAGCUAAUGCAAAUUAUGUUAGCAGUAUAUGCAACUUUUAUUAAAAACAACAACAAAAAACUUUAGUAAAAAGAAAUGUCUAUAUGGGAGGAAACUCAAAGAUUUAGUUUUAUAUUAUCAGAUUUUAUAUUAGAAAUUUUAUAUUAGCAUACUAACACAAUGUAAUGGACUUUUUAAAAGACUUGCUUUAAGGCAAGGUUUUAUUUGCUUAUUUCUAUCAUAGUAGCAGUUAAAAUAAAUAGUCCAAUUAAUUUACUUACAACCCAGCUGUUUCUAUAGUUGUAUACUUCUCCAAGAUGAAGGAUGCAAAUACUUCCUCCACAGCAGGAAUAAGACCAAUGCUCUUAGGCACAUGGCUUAACUCUUACAUUGUCCUGUGUGGAGUCAGGAGUUGGACUCGAUGAUCCUCAUGGAUCUUUACCAACCCUGGAUAUUCUGUGAUUCUAAAUUCCUUCCAUUCACCUCCUACAGGAGUGCCUCUCUUUCACUAUACUGGCUACCAAGGUCACCUAGGAAGAGCAGCUGGCUAGAUCAGCUGUUUGCAGCUAGGUUGUGAAUUGUUUGUUUUUUUUUUUUUACAUACCACAUUUUAUGCAUUUGGGGUUUGCUUCCUUGAAAGAUUCUUAGUUUUAUGUAAUGCUGCAAACAAUGUUCCUAUAAUGUUUGACAAUAAAUUCAGUUCCAUAUUAAAAAAUGGUACUUUGCAUUUGCAUUGUAUUCCUCAUUUUAUAUUAUAAGCAUGACAGUACUUUCCAAGAGAUUUUUGCAUACGUACAUGAAACAACACCAGUAACUGAUUGAGAAGGUUGCACGGAUGAAUUUAAAGAUGAAAGCAAUAGACCACAGAAUGAAAAUAAAUGCUAGAAGACUGUAGUAAGGUGAAAAAAAGCACAAUGAAACACUCCCAGUAAAUGCUUUGACUCCCUUACACAGCUGCAGUUAAGUACCCAUUGCUGUAAAGCUGUGUAGACCACUUAAUUUCUGUUAGUGUUGCAACACAAG